GACAGUACUAUACAUUUUUGUUGGUUUUUUCUUACUCAAACUUUCGUACAUUGUGAAAUAGUGUUAUUAGAAAGAAAGAUUGUUGACGAAAUAGCUACCAGCUACAGUAAACUAUAAAAUGGUUGACGAAGGGUUGUAACAGUGUAAUUGAUUUGAAAUGAUAUUUGUGCUAUGCAGGUCGUUGGUUGUAUGUGACACAGUCCUCAUAUUGCUGUAAAGGAGUUCAACAGUUUACUUGUGCAUUGUUUUAUUGUUUGGUGAUAGUUCAAUUAAAAAAGGAUAACUCAAAGGGCAUCUGGAUUCCAGUAACGAAAUAGAAAAUGUUGUUAAUGAUAGCGAUAAUAUUUUCACUUAGUCAAGUAUCUGCUGUAGAUGUUUGUUCAAGUCAAACAUUAAAGAUCUGGUAUGAAGUGUUCACCAUACCGGAGACGGCAGUUGGGGAGACAUAUAAACUAAUAUACCAGUGUAAAUAUCCAGAUAAGUUACAGUUUGCGGUGGGUGAAAUAAUGUGUAUGGGCAAUGAUGGUGGUCAAGCUUUUUGGGGCACUUUUCAAAUGAACAUCAAAUGUCAUCCAACUAGAACUGACACGUCUACAGUAACGCAUGAACUCGGCACUAUUGUUAAGGAUGUCAACCAAUACAAUGCCAAGAAUUACUUGGAGAGAAUGAAAAUGUUGACUUCAGAUAUUUCAGCUUUUAUUGAUGUUCUAUAUACAACCUACAUCUUAGACAAAAUCGUGAAAUCGAAUGACUUGUCUUAUAAAGACGCUGUUAAUUGUAUUCAUAUAGUCAAUAAUAUUCAAGAACUCCCUGAGGACAUUUUAGAAUUAAGCAACGCAAAAGCCCAGCAGAAUUUGAUGGCCAUUGUAGAAGAACUCGAACUAAAAAUGCCAACUUCUGAUGAUGUCGAUGACAGACAUGCUAGAAUCGUUACUGAUACAAUGGUGGUGGCCGUGUGGGAUAUACAAUAUACUGACAUGGAACCUGUGAUUGGUCUACGGGUGGACGGGGAACUUACUCAACCAAUGGAAAUAAACACCAUUGUUCCUGUACACGAUAAAAACAAUCUGUAUACUGAAAAUACAGUAGUUGGCAUCAGUUUAGAUAAACGUAUUGUACGAGGAUUGCUUAACGGUGGCGACUCAACACACAUCAGACUAGCUGUUCACAUAUUUAACAACCCCCGGUUAUUUUCAACUUACACAGAAGACGUGAUCAAUAGUUAUAUAAUAGGACUAACAGUUGCUGUUAAUAAAAUGCCUAUCAGGCGUUUUGACAAUAGCCAUGUCAAAAUUGUGUUCAGUCCUAAACAGAUAUUACAGGAACAUGUUAAAGAGAAGUACACACAGUGUGCAUAUUGGAAAUUCAUAUACUGGUCAGAAAGUUCAGAUCCUCCAUCCAGUACAACGGAUGGUAAAAAUACCUGUACUAGCAAAUAUUUAGGCAAUUUUGUACUUCAACUAAAUCAUAAUGGACUUAAUUUUGUGAGAAAACUCUUCCUGAGUCAAAUGGUCACAAUAGGAAAGGUGUUUACCCUUAGCUGUUAUUUAUUAUGCUUUAUGGGUUGGAUUUUUGUCAGAAAAUCGCGGAUUGACAAUUUCUGGUUAUAUGCAUACCUGUUAUUGACAGUAUUAAUUCCAUACUUAGUAAAUCUGUUCCUUUCUAACCAACCAGGUGGCCUAACGGAGGCUCGUGUACUUCAAUAUUUAACCAUCUAUUUUCUGUCCUCUUCUAUCAACUGGUUGUUGGCGGAUGGAGUUAUUCAUCAUUAUUUGUUUGCCAAAAAGGGAACAAAAAAGGGUUCCGCUCUACUCUUAAGAAGCACCUCUAAAUCCGGUCAUUAUGGUUUUGUAAGCGUUAUGGCAGUAGGUUAUGGAGUAUAUCAAGUUCCAGCAAACGCUGAUGAAAUUCUGGUAGAUAUGGUUCAUACCGUUUCCCUGUAUACAUGUGCUUUCGCAUCAGUAGCUAUUACCUACUUCUACAUAUUAUGGACCUUAAGAACCCGUCCAAAAUUCAUGAAAAUGUCUUCUAUUCAGCAGUUUCAGGCCUUCUGUUGUUCUGUCAUAUAUUGUGGAAUGAACAUAACACUCGGAAUUCUGAUGUUACGUGAUGCUACCAUUCUAUAUCAGACCAUCUUUUCCAUUGUCAACAUGGUACAGAGUUUAUUAAUCUCUGUUAGAUUUAUCGUUGGAGUUUGGUCAAAGGAUGAAAUGGUCGAUGACGAGCAAACUAUUACAUGCAGAAAGUCACACUCUUCGACCGAUAAUGAUGGCAGUCCCGGACCACUGGACAAAACUGUCACACAUAUUAAAAUCGAUGAAGAAAAGAAACCACUGACGGAAACCGGUCCAGAACCUAUCGUAGAUCUCAAUCAGUGAAAGACCUAACGGAAUCACAGAUUUUAUAGAAAAACUGCUUUUGUGGGAAUUACUCUACCGGUCUCAUCUACUAUUUAAUUAAAGAUACAGCGUCCAAAAACAAUGUCAAAACUCUAAAUUAAAAGUUCCAAAUAAUACAUGGCUGCAAAUCGAACAUGAACUUAAUUUGUAGAUUGCGUAGAAGAAACUGUGAACGGACUGACAUAUUAUAAAAUAUACAUUCAUAUACAUAUACAUUUUUUUUAAAAUGUUUAUUGAAAACAUAUAACAUACAGGUACAUCAUACAGUAUAUUACAUUAUAGCUUCUAUCCUUACAUCAUUUAGUUUUUGCAUCUCCGGUUAAUUUACAUACUUUUGGUAACUAUAAAAUAUUCAUCUAUAGAUACAAUUAUAUCAUAUAAUUUCAAAUCAUUUAUUUAAUAUUCAUUUAUAAUUGUCAGUACAUGUUAUAUUUCUAAAAUAGUUUGCAGGGUAUACUUUACUUCUGUCAUUCUAAAAGAGUACUACUUUAUUGUUACGUGUAAUUAUAUUUAGCUUGGCCUUCCCCUAAAAUGUGUUAUCUCCCCUUGUGUGAGUUAGUUGUAUUUUACGUCCACUUCCACCGAGGUGAUAUCGCAGACAAGUCUCCCCUUAUGGAGGUCAGAGUCUUUACAUAAUUAGAAACUUGUUGAAUACAUUUUGAGGGAAAGCGUUUAAACUGUAUAGCCUAGAUUUAAGCACUGAUUUUUUCCACCAAAUGAAAAGUCGAAAGUUGAAAGGACUCAAGUACUUAUAGCAACCGUGUAGUUCAUAUAAAUAAAUAACAAUAAUUUGGUUAUUUCUGUUUUGUUUGGAUAUGCAGUAAAAAAAGAUUCAUUUAUUGAGUAUUUUCUCAUUAGUUUUGGAAGAAGGCUUUGUAUCUAUCGCAGGUUGGAAUGGUUGCUUCUAGUUUUGAUUUAUAUACGUAAUACUUAGUAAAGAAUAUUAUUUGAUUUACAAAAGUCCAUUUGUGAAUGUUGUCAAAAACUGAUUUAUCUAGGCUGUAUAUAACUUUUAUCAAAUUGAACUUAUUGACCUCCAGCCAUGCUUCUUGAUAAUAUAUAUAAUAUUGACCUUUUAACUCUGAAUGCACUGUUCUUAAGUCACGAUUUUCUGUGUUGUAAUUAAACAUGUAAUUAAUUCAAUAUGUCCUUUACAAACUACAUAUGAUCUGUGCACAUGUUCCGCUUUACUUCAAAGGAAUAUGCACUUGUCAGUAAGCAUGCCAUGACGAGAUAAAAGAGACAAUUGCAUGUAUGACCAUGUGUCUUAUCUAUCGUCCGAGGGUAUAUAUUGAGGAGUUUACUGACAGUUAGGCUGUCAACUAAGUCCACCAAAGACGGACAGAGAAGAGAGGCCUGCUGGACGAGUGCAUGGACGAGUUCAGCUGCUACCUUGGCAGAGGGGCAGAAUGGUGGAUUUGAUAUAGUUAUAAUUAUUAUGUGUUCCUGAUGUAAUCUAGUUCCAGUAUAGUCUAGUUUCUGUAGUUUUGAUGUGGCUGUGUUAUAUUCUGUUCCUAUGUAAAUAAACCAUAUAAUUACGAAA